UCCAUGGAGAAGAAACAACAAGACUCAUUAUUCACAAAACUACAUGUAUUUAUCAAUUAUUCUUGUCAUAGUAACACUCUUUGAAUUCGGACAUGGUGAAAAUAAAAGAGAUCAAGUCCGGAUGCUAAUGUCAUUGCAGCAUGCUAAAAUGUAUCCUCAACACUUCUUUGAGAAUUCUAAGCCAUGGGCAGAGGCAAAUUUUACAGAUGUAGACGAAGGAGUUGAAGAUAUGGAAUCCUUUUCAGAAGUGGAGAGAAGAACAAAAGAAGAAGAUCUUAUUCUGGGCGGCCUUCCCGGGCAGCCUCCAUCAAGUUUCAAGCAAUAUGGAGGCUAUGUGAAUGUGGACAAAAGGAAUGGCAGAAGCCUUUUCUACUACUUUGUUGAAUCUGUUGACAGUCCUGACACCAAGCCUCUUAUUCUCUGGCUUAAUGGAGGUCCUGGUUGUUCAUCACUUGGGAUGGGUGCCUUUGUAGAGCUUGGACCUUUUGGCGUCAACCCUGAUGGAAAAACCCUCUACCCUAGAAGAUAUGCGUGGAAUAAAGUUGCAAAUGUGUUAUUUCUGGAGUCACCUGCGGGGGUUGGUUUCUCUUAUUCCAAUACGUCCGCUGAUUAUGGAAAGUCGGGAGACAAGAAAACUGCGCAAGAUUCCUACAAGUUCAUAGUAAAUUGGUUCAAGAGAUACCCACAAUACAAGGCCAGAAGUUUAUAUAUUGCUGGAGAAAGCUAUGCAGGAUUCUACAUCCCAGAGCUUGCCGAUUUAAUUGUCAAUAGGAAUAACUUGCCCAAGACCACCUUAACGAUCCAACUGAAGGGAAUUAUGGUUGGGAAUGGAAUCAUGAAUGGGGACACGGAUGCAAGAGGAUUGUAUGACUACAUUUGGAGCCAUGCCUUGAUAUCGGACGAAACUCACAGCGCGAUGCUAGAGAAUUGCCUUCCCAAACGAGGCAAGAAAUGUAAUCACAUCGAAAGCGCGGCGGGAACAGAGAUGGGAAGUUUAGAUUUUUACAGCAUCUAUUCACCAUUGUGUUUUGAUUCCAAGAGUCCAAAGAAGGUAAAGAGGAAUGCAGGAUAUGAUCCUUGUGAAAGUGACUAUGUUCAUUCUUAUCUCAAUCUCCCUGCUGUACAAAAAGCCUUGCAUGCCAAUACCACUAAGCUUCCUUACACUUGGGAACUCUGCAGUGAUUUGAUUCGAAGCUGGAUAUAUGGACCCUCAACGAUGUUCCCAAUAUAUAGGAGGUUAAUGGCAACUGGUCUCCAAAUACUUCUUUUCAGUGGCGACCAAGAUGCGGUGGUUUCAGUGACUGCAACCCGGUAUUCCCUCAAAGCUAUGAACUUGACAGUGAUAAAGCCUUGGCAUCUAUGGCAAGACGGCACCAAAGAAGUUGGUGGAUAUAAGGUGGUUUAUGAUGGUUUAACAUUCGCCACAGUUAGAGGAGCUGGGCAUCAAGUUCCACAGUUUCAACCGCGUAGAGCUUUUGCCUUGCUUCAGAUGUUCCUAGCCAACAAUCACUACUAAGUUCAUGGAUCGAUUUUCUUUGACAAUAAGACAGGCUGAACCGAGACGGAUCUUGUUCAUUAUUCAUGUCGAUAGCUACAAGCAACGAAUCCGGACUACCAUCUUGGCCAGAUUAUUUUCAGCAUAAUUAAUUUCUUCUCCUUUUGUCACAUAGCUGUACUUAUUUAUUCUAGCUCAUAUAUAUCCUUGAUGAUGAUAAUAACACAAUUAGAAGAAGAAAUGAUUGUUGGUCAAUUAUUUUAUAGUCAAACAAAUGCUCUCUGUUGAGAAAAAAAAGCG